AUGUCGAAGUGUUCGAGUGAUAAUCUUGUACAGAUUGACUUAUCAUCCCAUGUAGUACGGUCCGAGACAUCACUGAAGGUACAAAAUAACGGCGAUGAUGCCGUAUCAGAGAUAUUGUUGCCGUUCCCUGAACUUCAAGCGAAGAGCUUGGCUUUCCUUUCAGCAGUAAUUGAUGAAGGGAAAGGGAAAGCAAAAGCCUAUUCUGAUAGAGUUCCUAUUAAUGUUGCGAACCCGGAAGGCAUGCCUCCAGCAUUGACUUGGUAUUCGCUCACAUUGCCCAAGGCACUAGGUAAGGGUGAAAGUGUGACUUUGGAGGUCAAGGCGGUCUUUACUCAUUUACUGAGGCCCUUCCCUGAGAAGAUAACUCAGGCCGAUUUCCAGCUCAUUGCUUUCCAAGAUGGUGCUUAUUUUCUCUCUCCUUAUCCUGUCAAGGUCCAGUCGCUCACUGUUAAGUUACCUGAACCGAAAGUUGAAUCCUACACCAAAUUGGAGAAUAGCAAGUUUUCUGGUCAGGAAAUCAAAUAUGGGCCUUACGAGAAUAUUCCUCCUUUCUCGUACCCACCAAUUGUGGUUCACUUUGUGAACAAUAAGCCGUUCCCCGUCGCUCAAGAGUUGGUGCGUGAGAUAGAGAUUUCACAUUGGGGAAAUGUGCAGAUUACAGAAAAUUAUAACCUUGUUCAUGCUGGUGCCGAAAUGACUGGGGAGUUCUCCAGGUUAGAUUUUCAGGCAAGGCCCCAUCUGAGAGGUGCAUAUGGAUUAAGAAAUCUUAUUACUAAAUUACCUCCAAGAGCUCAUUCUAUUUAUUACAGGGAUGAAAUAGGAAAUAUUUCUACAUCUAAUGUGUGGACUGAAUCUUCAAUGACUCUGCUGGAAAUCGAGCCUCGAUAUCCAAUGUUUGGUGGUUGGAGAACCUCGUUUACUAUUGGAUAUGGUUUACCUCUUCAAGAUUUCGUGUUCAAAUCAGAUGGAAAACGUUUUCUCAACAUCCCCUUUGGGUGCUCGAUUAAUGACGUCAUUGUCGAAAAUCUCACUGUAAAGAUUGUUUUACCGGAGGGGUCGAAGGAUAUUUCUGUUUCUGUUCCAUUUCCUGUCAAACAAUCUCAAGAGACAAAAUUUUCUCAUUUGGAUAUGGUUGGCAGACCAGUCAUUGUACUGGAAAAGACAAAUGUUGUGUCAGAGCAUAAUCAGUACUUUCAGGUCUACUACAAAUUCAGCAAUAUUUCCCUCCUGAGGGAGCCACUAAUGUUGAUGUUUGGAUUUUUCCUCUUCUUCGUCGCAUGCGUGGUAUACACGCAUGCAGACUUCACCAUCUCAAAGUCUUCACCUUCUUAUUUAACUAAACUUCAGUGGGAUGAGGUCCAAAGUGUAAUCCAGCAGUUUCAGAGUAUCAUGAACCGGUGUUUGAUUGUUCAUGACAAGCUGGAAGCAUCAUUGCGUGAACUCUCGAGGACUGGUGAUGUUCUGACUUGCAAAUCGGCACGAAAAUCUGCUGACAGUUUGCUCAAGGAGCUCUCAAAAGAGUUGAAACCCUUGGUGUCAUUUUUGCAAUCUUCUCCACAGGCAGCUAAUAUAACACCCAAGGUUGAGGAGUUGGUGACCAAGGAGAGAGAGUUGCAAGAAAAGCUGAUGUUGAAACACUCAAUUGUGGUUGAUGCUUAUGAGAAAAAAUCGGGCGGUGGUAAGGAUAUCGACAACCGUAUUGCAGCUGUGCAGCAGAAGAUUACACUCUUGAGACAGGAAGUUGAUGACCUUCUCGAAGUCAUUGACGGGAUAUAG